CGGCUCGAUGUGGACGCUCGUGAUUGUUGCCGUCGGACGGCAUUAUUGUGGGCGGCAGAACAAAAGCAGCGGGAAGUGGUGAUCCAACUCCUUAACGAUAGCCGAGCGGACGGAAACGCCAGGGACAGCCACGGGAAGACAGUCCUGAUAUAUGCUAUCUGGUACGCGCUGGUCAGCAUCGUC